AUAGACUUUGUUGCCUCUCAAUUUGUCUCUGUCUGAUUUGGUGAAAUACUUCCACAUAUAUCAGGCUUGCUCUUUCUCAACUAUGACUACGUGCUUUACAACUUCUCAAAAUCAUCUUAGCCAGGGGGCUACAAUGAGUAGCAUCUGGGAGAAAAUAAUCAUGAAAUUUUUUGGAGAAGAGUACUGUAGAACUAAUAACUCAUUCCUUCCUGAAGAAAUUAUAGACAAGAUAUUGAGCCGCUUGCCAGUCAAGUCAUUGCUGCGAUUCAAAUGUGUGUGCAAAUACUGGAAUUCCAUUACUAUUGAUCCUCGUUUUAUUAGCCUUCAUUACAAACUUUCCCAACCAAGAUUCAUUUUCAAAAACCCAGAAGGAGGAAGACGUCCAGAGUUCUUUGUCGUGACUUCAGUUGCAGGUUUACUGCUUGAACGAAGUUACUAUGAUGGAAGAAUCCGCAUAAGGAACCCUGAAAUGCACAAACUUCUCCAUCUACCUGAUCCAUCAAGAGAAAGCAUCUUUUUGUUUAUUGAUUUCACUGUCCUUUUCUCAUCUGAGGACUACGACAACCCCGUUUUCAAGUUGGUUUAUGUUCAUAUAGAUGGUGAUGAAUUAGGCUAUCAAGUUCUUGAUCUUGGGAAUUAUAAUGAAGCUAGAUGUAGUUAUUCUUGGCGAACAAUUAAGGUACCUACUAACAUGAGUGACAUUAGUAGUACUGGUGAGAUGCGCGAAAUUCAGUUUCUUAUUAGACGCGGAAUUGGUUAUUGUAUUUGGGAAACAGGAGCUCCCGAGGAUGCCGAUAUAAAAAUUGAUAUUUUAGAUGUCAAGAAUGAGAGGUACAUUGGCCGUACUACUUGUCCUCAUCGAGGUUUUUUCUCGUUCCUAAACAGUGCUGAUUAUAUUCUUUGGGGUGAUCAAGAAAAACUUGCAUUCGCUCGAGUAGUAAAAGACGACCAUGCGUUUCAUAUCUUGGUGUUAGAAGAUUAUAAAAAGCAAAGAUGGGCUGACAGAAUAUUUGUCAUUAAGUUUUCGCCAGAGUUGUUGAAAAUAACUACUGAUCUACUGCUGCGUAGAGAAAAUAUACAUUUGAAGUGGGCUAGUCAAUUUGAGUUGGUCUUCCACUGGCAACGAGGACACCCAGUAUGCAGCUAUGACGCUGGUCCUGGGUGGAAGCGAGGACACUUAUUAUACAUUUACGACGUCAAUACUGGGGAGGUUACAACUGAACUUUACUGCCCAGCACCCGGGACUACUAAUAUCAAACCUUCCUUAUUCACUUUAAAAGGAAUGUCCACACAAAGCUAGGUUUGCCGCAUUUGUUUAUAAUUCUCAUUGUUUCAAGGCAGAAGGCACGGAAGACGAUAAAUAUUGACUAGUUCGGGUUCCCUUCUAGUUUCCCUUUAGUUUUCAGUAAAUUCCGAUAAAUUAUUUAAUUUCUUUGUUUUGGAUAGAUAAUCUCUUCGAUAUGUUAUGUUUAUUCUGAAAAGUUGUUAGA